GUGUGUCUAACAGAGAGACACACAUAAUUACAGACACACAGAGAGACACACCGAUAGACAGAGAGAGACAGAGACACGAGGACAGAUCUGUCUCACGCAGAGACACAGAGACACUGCGGAGACAAGAAUUGUGCUGCAGCUUCUGAGAGCGAGGACAACACGAGAUGAAUGGAGGGAGGCUUGUGUGGGCCCCCGACCCCGUGGAGGGCUUCCGCCUGGGCCGCAUCGUGGACGUGGGGGCCGAGACUCUGACGGUGGAGAUCGCGGGCAGCUGCGGAGACUCAGCCGCGGUGGUGGUGGCUCCCUACCCACAGGUUUACCCCGCAGAGCAGGACAACAACAGGGAUGCAGAGGACAACUGCUCGUUGAUGUUCCUGAACGAGGGCACGCUUCUGCACAACGUUCGCUUGAGGUUCUCCCGCGACAAGAUCUACACGUACGUGGCCAACAUCCUGAUCGCCGUGAACCCGUACCGUGACAUCCCUCAGCUCUACACAUCCGCCACCAUCGCCAGCUACCGGGGCCGUUCGCUGGGCACUCUGCCUCCACAUGUCUACGCCAUCGCUGACAAGGCGUACCGGGACAUGAAAGUCCACAAGCUCAGUCAGUCCAUCAUCGUGUCCGGAGAGUCGGGGGCUGGCAAGACGGAGAACACCAAAUUCAUUCUGCGGUAUCUUACGGAGGCAUAUGGAUCAGGCCAAGAUAUCGAUGAGAAGAUCGUGGCAGCCAACCCGCUGCUGGAGGCGUUUGGCAACGCCAAGACGUUGCGCAACAACAACAGCAGCCGCUUCGGCAAGUUCGUAGAGGUUCACUUCCACAAGAACGCGGUGUUUGGUGCCCACAUCUCUCACUACCUGCUGGAGAAGUCCCGCAUCGUGACGCAGGCGCCCAGCGAGAGGGGCUACCACGUGUUCUACAGACUCUGCGCUGGGGCACCCAGACACGUCGCCCAAGAGCUCCACCUGGGAGCCCCACACAGCUUCAACUACCUGAGUGGAGGCUGCACCAGCUACUUUGCUACCAAGGAGUCCGCUCAACACAUCUCCCCAUCGAGACUGAGUCCAGAGGUGAGUCCAUGGGCAGUGCUGAGUCUCAGUACUGAGUCUUAG